AUGUCUUCCUCUGUCGAUAUGGACACUUCCUCAACUUCUUCCGAAUAUGAUACUGGAAUCAAUGUCUCAAAAUUCAGAUUCUUUAAACUCAAUCAAACCAACUGGGCAAAGUGGCAGAUCAUGGUCGACAGCGUUUUAACCAGCAAAGGUUUUGAUAAACUGUUAGAUGUUGACUGGAAUCGGGACAACAAAGAAACUCAAACUUAUCGUGUCCGAAAUGCUUGGGCUUUUUCUCUCCUAUGGGACAUUGUUGAAUCAGACCUUCAUGAUAUAAUCAUAAAUAAUUCCCCGAGUUUCUGGCAUACCUAUCAAGCCCUCGGAAGAGCAUGUGGAAUGUUAUGUAUUGUUACCGUCUCAGCUAAACUUCGAAAGACUUUUAACACUGUCUACAAUGUGGGAACUUCGAUGAAGGAACACAUUUCUAAUUUCAAUAGUCUGAUAACUUCACUCGGAACCUCCUUAGCAUCUAUGCCUGAUUUUGCUAAGAUGUCUACCGGUCUUAAUGCCUGCAUUUUUCUGUCGUCUUUCAAUUCCGAUGAAUCUCUAACCCCUCUCAUACAAACUCUUUAUAAAUCGGAACCAUUCACAUAUGCUAGUGUUUAUGAAAGUAUGAUGCUGGAAGCAAAUCGACGAGACGAUGUCGAAUCUAAUAUGACAGUAAACUUUGCUCAUAAUCAACGAAAUCAAGCAUUCAAUCGUUUCAAGAAGCCUUCCUCUUUGAAUCAAAAUUCUCCUAAUAGUCAAUCCAGAAAUCAACAUAUUCUAUCUCGCAAUCCUCAACCUCAAUUUCCUAAUCCAUCUUCUUCCUCGCAAACGAACAAUGGCUACUUUCGGCCUAGAGGAAUAAUUCCAACCAGAUUUGGAAACCAGAGAUCGGAUCAGAAUCAGGAAUCAAUUCGAGAAAUGCGAGAAAGACUGAAUCGUUUAGAAAAUCAAAUGAAGUCGAAUCGAUCAAACAAUUCCGGAUCAAUGAAUGCAAAUUCGGUCUCUAGAAACAACAAUCAGGAUGAGACCAUGGACGGAUCAUGUUUCAUGAUUGAAUCUUUCUCUGCGGUAUCUGCAUCUAUACGUUCUGAUAGUUUCGAUUUGACUUACGAUUCGGGGGCGACUGACACAACUGUCAACAACUUUGGUCUUAUCAUUGACCCGAAGCCUACGUUCAGAGUAUUGAAUACAUAUGGUGGUACUAUAACUGUUACUCAUGUCGGAAAAAUGAGCAUAGGAGGGGAAAUCAUCUAUCCUGUCUUCUAUGUUCCCGCUGGACCUAGAAAUCUGAUCUCCGCAUCUCAACUAGAAGAUCAUGGCUUAACCAUUCAUCAUGUACCGAGUGGUGUUAUAAUACGGAAGGCAAAUCGCAUAAUACUCAAAUUCCCUCGAGACGGGAAACUUUUUGUUGCUAAAGGAAGGAGUGAAGUUAACAAUAUUCAAAGCAUCAAACCUUCAACGGAUUGGCACAUUAUUCUUGGAAACCCUUCCGAUGAAUAUCUCAAACAAUUUUUGGUCUUCAGAAACAUCAAAGCCAAUGGUCAUGGUGUUACCAAAAGCUCUUUGUUCAAUUCAAUCACAUAA